AUACUCAAAUUGCAAUUAAAGCUUAAUAUACUGUCAUUCUUGUGUUAUCGUUGUAGCUUGUGAUAGAGAGCAGGUCGCGAUUAGUAAUUCUUCGGCGUAAUUGUAAACACAACAGCUGGUUAACCAAAAUAAGAGAAACUGGAGAUGAUACGCAAGUGGAACCAGCUGUGAGACAAACAACCCCAAAAUUGAAAAUAGGGUGGCCAAACAAAAGGUGGAUAGACCUCUGUUACUCGGCUGCAAGAUUGAAGAGUGUGUUAGUCGCUGCCCGCUGUUUAAACCGUAUUCAUUGCUCGUCUAAUAGAAGUGAAUUUAACUCAUCAAUAUGCAAAGCCGCAGAAAUAUUGCAAAGUUGUGAAAUAAUUAAUAGCUUGCUAAACCGAAAAAUCAUCCCAGCGACGUCAUCGCCAUGGCGUUGGCGAGUGCAGCGGGUGCUCUGCUCAAACCACAGACUCCACUCCAGCAGCUGCUUGAGGACAUCAACUUCCAGCGCACUAAGGAGAUGCGACAGCUGCUCAAAGAUGAUGGCGGCUUUGUAGUGCUACAGGGUACAACAUACUGGACGGAUUUGUUCGUACGGCAUUUUCUAUUUCAAACGGAGCCAGUGCACAGCAUUGACUCGGAUGAUUUGCUCUUUUUUGUGCGCAAAAAGCAUGUGAAGAGCUCAUCGCGUCACAUGCCAAAAUAUGAGACUGAAGUUGAAGUAUUUCGCAAGGACUCGCGCAAACUGCCCAUUGGAGACCCAGAUGUGGAUUGGGAGGAGACUGUCUACCUGAAUAUGGUUAUACAUCAGUUUGACUACACAUUGACCUUGGCCAUUUGCACCCGAACAUCGCCCAAAGAGUUGCAGGUGCUACGUCGGCACUCACAACGUGUCUAUGCUAGUCCAAGUCGUCGGAAGAUGGACACCAAGGGCGAGGGCGAAGAGAUCACGUACCCACACAUUUGCUUCAUGGUGGACAACUUCGAUGAGGUGUUUAGCGACAUUCUGGUGCGCGAUGGCGAGAUGGUGUGCGUCGAGCUGGUGGCCAAUGACAAGGAUGGUGCCGUUCAGGGUGUCAUCUUCUUGGGAUCGAUACGUUACGAUGCUCUGAAGAAAGUCUACGAUGCCAGACAAUCCAGUCUGAGUUCCAAGGUGGCGCAGCGAAUGUCCUUUGGCUUGUUUAGCAGUGGUGCUGGAGUGCAAACGCGCUGUGAAUUCGUACGCAUGAAGGGACCGCAGGGCAAGGGACACGCCGAGAUGGCGGUGACGAAGCCAAAGGGAUCGGGCGUUGAGACGCCAACCAGCGAGCCCGGCUUUUGUGCCACGGACAUGUGGGACGAGUGGGAGGAGGAGAACGAUGACUAUUGCACGUAUCGCCAUCAACGACGACUCAGCGAUCCCAGCGCCAAUCUCAAUAAUUUCUCACGCUACGGCUGGCGCACCAAGAACACCAACCAGGACAUGGUGACUAGUGGCACCAGCGCUAGUGUUGGGGCUAAGGCGCGUUCCGAGAAUGAAGGACUCGACUCGUUGGCCAGUGAAGUGUCUGAGAUUGAAGCCGGAGACUUGCGAGACGAUCAGCAACGUCCUGCUUUCUCGGCCUCCGCGACAAAACUGCACUCAAAUCCGAAUUGUGAAACGCUCAAUCUAGCUCAAGCGUGUGCUGGUGACGAACCACACAAGGCACCAGAUGCCACCACACCGUCUGACCCAGUUCCAGAAUCCGUGGUUAACGAGAUAGCCGCUGCGGCGCCAGCCGUCACUCCUCCGCCGCUCAGCGUUGCCGUCGAGGUGACCGUGUCCAACAACAGCAACAGCAACGACAACGGCAGCAGCAGCACAGGCUGCAAUUGCUUCGGUGGCAAAAAGUGCAAGAAACGCUGGACAUCGGGGGCCAGUGCCAUAGACACGCCGGUGAUGUCGGAAGUGUAUUGUCCCAGCUGCGAGGAUGCAUCUAAUGAGACGCCAGCUUGCCUCAGCAAAAUGCCCGACAAGCGUCAGACGAAGCUCAAACCCAAACCGCCCAGCAUUCUGUGUGUGGAGAGCGAACUUGUGGUCAGCAAACGUGGCAGUCUUCGGCUCAGCUCUAGCGAUAAUAAGCGCAAGAGCAACAACAUCACACGCAGUGUCUCAUUGAGUGCUGCCGAUCGUCGGACGAGUGUGCCAAUCCCGGGAAGUGCCAAGAAGGCGCCAGCGGCAUCGCGAGUGCGUGUUGUCAAGGCAAAGGAGAUGGACAAAAGCAAGGAGAAGGAGAAGGAUAAAGAGAAUGAUAAGAAGUCUUCGAACCAGAAAGCUAAUGGAGCCAGCAGUCUGCUGGCCAAGAUGUCACCCAAGAGGUUGCGCAAUGCCAAAGCAGGUGACAAGGAGAAGGAAAAAGACAAAGACAAAGAGAGAAGCAAGGAAAAAUCAAAGCUGACACCAAAAGCAAAAAUUAACAGCGGCAGCAACAAUAACAAUAACGAUGCCAAAACAGCACCUACAACAGCAUCUGGGACAGAUUCUGCUACUAAGGUGGAGGAGUACGAACUGGCCGAUGAUGCCACUUCAUUGAACGGCGAGGUUGCGGAGUCCGGCGAUAGCGCCUGCUCCGCCAAGAUGGCCAUUCUCAGUGAAAGCGACAGCAAGAUGAUGAUAAGUGUGCGCGGACGUGAAGAGCUGCCCGUGGUGGAGCAAUCUGGCACCCCAUCACCGCCCACUGUGGUGCCAGUGACGGUGUCGAUGCAUCGCUUUGAGAAGUGUAUACGUGUACCUGUUAAAUCAGAGAGCCAUCCAUUGCAGCUGGACUUGACGUUGUCACCAACAACGGCGCCGGCUGACCACACAACUAAUGAUAAUAACGAGGAGCAACAAGAGGAGUUAGGGGCCACAAGUGGUGAUGCGGUAUCGCCCCUACUAAAUGUCGAGGCGGAUGUGGCCAAUGGCAAUCAGCCACAAGCAAGCAGCGCCACAUUGCCACGCACCUCCAAGCAAUCCUAUUAUAACAAGGUGCUGCAUCUGGUGCCCAAGCGUCGCACACCGGACGGCACCAACAUAUACUAUUGGUGCGAUCUUCCCAAAAAGGCACUAAAAGAACUCGAUGAUGGUGCCUACAAUCCACUGUGGACCAGUCGAGGCUUCACACAAUCCUUUCACUUUUGGAAGGAGAAUCGUCGCCAGCAAUCGACGCCACUCAAUGCAUUCCUCACUUAUGUCACACUGCCCUGGUGGAGCAUUGCCAAGGAUUUGCUGGAUCAUCGAGAGACACCUAUACUAACCUUUUAGUAUUAGAUGUGUGCUACGCUUGUGAUUUGCUAUUAUUAUGCUUUAAAGUAUUACCUAUCAAGUCUCUUUAAUUUGUAAAUUAUGUUAGUUAUCUUUUGUGAUCUUACGUGAACGAGUGUAUCUCAGGUAGCUAACUUCAUCUGGCACCUCCCUAACAAAUUCCCAAUUUGAUUUAAGUGCAUCUAGCUCGGUUAUCCUUGACCAAAUGCCAACAUAUUAUAUUUCGCUAGGAAUCUGGACUAGAGCGUUAUUUACUAUAUAUUAUGUAGAUGCGAAUUCCCGAUUGAAAGUGUGUAGUAUAGCAGUACGAGUAUAACGAAUGCAACGCCAACCUACAAAUUUAUAAACCACACAUAUAUUAUGGUAUACUUAAUACCAAUUACCAAAAAUCAAAUGUACAUGUAAUACUAUUAUUUAUAUAUAUAUAUAUUAUAUGACAACAUUUAUACUAUAUACAUGCGAAUGUAUGUACAAUAAUAUAUGUAUAUGUAUAGUGAACAAGUGCGAAACAAAGUAAAAUAAAGAAUUGCGUACAAUAAAUACAAUACGAAAAC